CAUUUAUUGAAGAGCGCUAUCCAUUUGGACUACGUAUUCCAUCAAUUUUAGCCAAUUUUGUUAUUAGUUUUCAGCCGUGAUUCUACUAAAACACUCCAGUCGUUGUUGAAACAAGACUCUAGCUAUACACAGUCUUCAAAAGUUUUCUAGCUGUUUGCUUAUAUUUAUUAAUUGUCGUUUAUCAGAGGUUGGCAAUUCAAUCACAGUUUAUAUUGUUAAUUCCCUAAUUAGGUUUAUUGUUGUUUUAUCCCUUGGUUCACCUUUUAAGCUGCUUAUAUCUCAUUUAAUUGUUAAUCAUUAAUUGUUGGGUGUAUUAUACUAUAUGGCCCUAUUAUGUCUGAUCAUAAGAAUUCCAAAUCGAAUUAUGAUCGUUGGAAACCAGGGACAAAAUUAGCUUGUAUGAUGUCUUUAAAACAAGUUUGUCAGGAUUCAAGAUAUUAUGACCCAUCAAAUAAUCGUUUCAAUUCCUUAACAUGGCAUACAGUUGCUGAAAAUUUGAACAAAGAGUAUCCUGAUUAUGCUAAACGUUUUACAAACAUCAAUGUCAAAGAUCGUUAUGACCGUGUUUUAAAACAUCAUAAAGUGUUCAAGAAAAUGGCUGAUAAGGCUAAUGGCUUUGUAUGGAAUCCAAAGAACUUUUGUUUUGACUUGAACGAAGAGUUAAUUAAACAAUACGAAGAAGGUUAUAUAAAGGAUGAUGUUAUCUCAAAUGAGUUAAAUGUCGUUAAAUUUUUAUCAAAGCCCGGUCACAUUGAUUUAGAGUACUAUCAUCGUUUUGUUUAUCAAUUUGCAAACCAAGAAGAACUGGAAAAUGAUGCAAUUAUUCAAUCACCUUCAUUCAUAGAUGAUGCCAUUGCAAAAGGUAUAUUGAAUCUUGUAACUAAAUCCAACUUUGUUUCAAAGAAUGAUCAUCAAAAUUCAAAUGAGUUUCAAUCAUCACCAGUGAUGUUACAACAGCAACCAGUCCAACAUCAAUCAUCAUCCUCUUCAAAUACAACAAAUUCAUCAACAUCAAUACCAAUGGCACCAAACUCAGCAAAUUCACAAACACAAAUACCCAACAGUUCCAUGCCUUCACAGUCAUCGUCAUCAAUGAUUCCAAUACAACAACCACAUCUUCAACAUCAUUUGAUACCCAAUCCUCAACCUCCACAUCCUUCAAUACAACCACAACACUCAUCAGAUUUAGACUUCUCAGGGCUAAUAAAUCCAGAUCAAUCAGUUCCACAACAACCCCCUCAUACCCAUCCCCAUCCAACACCAAUGAUGAAUCCAGGUAUGACUAUACCUUUUCAAAUGGGACCAGGCGGUGAGAUGAUUCCAGGUCCAAAUACUCAAAAAAAUUCAUUACCUUUAGCUGGUCAACCUCCAUUCAAGAAGCCAAGAACUGCAAGCAUACCAGGUGGCUCAUCAUCUGUUGUACCACAAAGUAUAAUAGGAACAGCUAUGAUGGUUGAUAAUUAUGAAUCGAUGCUGGCGGCUCAACAAGGGCCUGCUGGUGGUCAACCUGCUGGUAGAUUUGGAUAUAGUUCAUGGGAGGCUAUUAUGCAGUUGAAUAAAGAGUUUGAUAUGAUGAGGAAUUUGGUCAAUGAACAAAUAUUGAAUCUAAGAUUACAGAAAUUGAUUAGCUAUCAAGAUUUUAAUCAAAUUCAAACUAUUCAGAAUUCAAAUGAUCAAUUUGUUAGAAGUGCUUAUAAAAGAAUUGGUGAUGACCCUAAGCUAAUAGAUCUGAUCAAUAUUUAUCUAAACAAUACUGAUUAAUGAAAGAUGGUCAUCUUGUUGAGCUAAAACUGGAAUAGAAUCAAUCAAAAGGUUCCAUUGGAGAUGUUAAACUUUGGAACCAUUAAAGAAUGUACUAUUAUAA